AUGUUAUCAGAUUGUAUUAUAUUAUAUCAUGUUCGAUAUUUCAUAAAAAGAAAUAUUGUAUUUUGAAAACACAUUUUGAUAAAAUAUUCUGUACGUAUUUCUUUGAGAAACAUUAAAAUAUGAAAUAAAUUUCCAGCAUUCAAAUUAUGUUUUCGUGGCUUAGUUUCACGUGCGAUUUCUGUAUAGUAGCAUAAAUUUUCGCAAUUUCAGACAACAUAAUAUGCAGUUUUAAGUGUUAUUUAGAUAAAACAUCAAUAAUUAAUCCCAAUUAGUAAUUAGAAUCUUAUACAUGUAAUACUAAUCGUGUACAAAAUGUAUAAGAUAAAAAAUUGCAGGUUAAAUUAACUCGCGAAUACAUAUGUUAGAUUAGUGAAAUUAAAUAUUUGAAAUAUAAAUAAUAGUGAGAAAUUCAUAAAACCAUUUUUAAUGUUCAGGAUAGAUUAAUAACUAUUUUAUUUUAUAUAGUUAUUGAAAAUCACACUGUUUUUUAAUUACAAUUAAAAGUAAAUUAUUAGAAAAUAUGUAAUAAUAUUUCUGUUAUAAAUCAUGUGAGUUUUAAAGUAUUUGUCAGCACAAAUAAUCAGUUAGGAAGUAUCAUGUUGGAAAAUACCACUGCCAUUCGACGUGUGAAGGAUUCGGCACCUGUUAAUGGUGCUCAACAAAAUGUAGAAGAGAAAAAAUCAUCUGCACCAUUUUCAGGAGAUUUAAAUAAUUUGGACAAUGAAUUAUAUUUAGAUUCUGAACAUUUAACUUUGUGGCAGCAUCCAAUUACCACAUUGAAUUAUUUUUUCCGAGAACUUUUUAAUAAUAUAUUUAGCUUAGGGGGAAAGGCAUUGCAUUACAAAAAGACAGUAUGGAGCAUAGUAUCAAUAAUUACAUUAUUUCUGAUAUUGAGUAGAAUUUCUGGUCCACAUCAACAGAUAUUGAAAGCAUGGGAGACAAAAAUAAUUUGGUGGUUAUAUUGGAUAGGUUUAGGUGUCCUUUCCAGUGUAGGUCUUGGUACAGGUUUACACACUUUUGUACUGUAUCUAGGACCACAUAUAGCAGCUGUCACAAUGGCUGCAUAUGAAUGUGGCGCUCUCAAUUUUCCUGAACCACCAUAUCCUGAUCAAAUAAUAUGUCCAACAACAAUUGAUCCAAUGUGGACAGCAGGAAUAUUAAAUAUCAUGAGAAAAGUACGCAUAGAAGCUAUGCUUUGGGGUGCUGGUACUGCACUUGGUGAACUACCACCAUAUUUUAUGGCUAGGGCAGCUCGAACUAGCAGACAAAAUAAUAGAAAUGAAGAAUUUGAUCAAGAAGAUUUAAAAGAAUUAGAAGCUUUAGAAGCUUUAGAAAAUGGAGAAAAUGUUUCAUUAUUAAUUCGACUAAAGCUAAUUAUGAAACAUUUUGUGCAAAAAGCUGGAUUCUGGGGAAUUCUUGCUUGUGCUUCAAUCCCCAAUCCAUUGUUUGAUCUUGCUGGCUUGACAUGUGGUCAUUACUUAAUUCCAUUUUGGACAUUUUUUGGAGCUACACUUAUAGGAAAGGCGAUUAUAAAAAUGCAUAUUCAACAACUUGCAGUAAUUAUAGCUUUCAAUGAAGAACUUUUAGAUAAAUUCAUAAAACUGCUGGCAAUUGUACCAUUUAUUGGUUCGAAAUUUCAAGAGCCAUUGAAAAAGUAUCUUAUUCAACAGAAAGAAAAAUUGCAUGAUAAAACGUCGAUGGAUGGAGCAACAACAAUUUCAUGGUUAUUUGAUAAAUUUGUAAUGUUGAUGAUAUGUUACUUUUUAGUAACAAUUAUUCAUGCGUUAGCAAGGAAUUAUCAUCGUAAACGAACUAAAGAAUGUACUGAUUAAAAGUUAUUGAAUAUAGGAUAUACAAUGUAAACAUAAAAUCAAUUAAAAAACUACGUACAGAUAAAGUUGCUAUUAAAGUGCAGUAUAAUUAAGGUACUAAAAAUAAUAAUAAUAAUAUUGUGGCCGAAUUUUUAAGUGCACAAUUUCUCUUUUGCAAUAUGAAUAAAUCGUGAAGGAUGAAGUAUAUAAAUUUAAUUUUUUUAAUUCUAAUUUUCUAGGAUGCUUCUAAAUGUCAAAAAUGUUUCGUAAUAUAUAUGUAUAUAUGUAUAUAUAUUACAAAACAUUCUUGACACACACACACAUAUAUAUAUCUAUAUUACACAUGUAUGUGUGUAUGUAUUUAACAAUAUACAUACACAUAUGUAUAUCUUAGGGGGGAUUUUCAUACAUUAUGUAGUAUAAAUUAUGGGCAUAUUAUGUAUGAUACAUAUUAUGAGAAUUUUACUUUCACUAUUACAGUCAUAAUUUAUAAUAUCAGAACUCUUCCUAGGAUUUAUGAUGUUAAUAAUAUUAUACUCAAUAAUGUAAAUGAUUUAGGAUUCUAAUCAGUUCCAAUGUAGUAUAAAACUGUUUGAGAUAUGCAUUCUUCCUAUAAACAUUUAAAUAUAAUUAUUUUAAAUAUUCUUAGUUGACAAAUACAUUCUCUUAUUAGCAUCUUUCAGUACUAUCUAUCAUAAUUGAGUAGAUAAGUGGUAUAAAUUAUGUUUAAGUACCAAAAAAAGAGCUUUCAAUUAUUGGUUUUUUAUACUAAAGUUACAAAAAGCUAAUCUUAUGAUUAGCUUUCCAACCAUAAAGUCAGAAAUAUAUACAUAUAGUUAAUAAUACAUAUGAUUGCAGAACAGAUCUAAAAAGUUCAUAUCCAUCGGUGGUUUGUGAAUAAAUAGUAGUGAUUUUUCGUGAUUUCAUAGAAAUUACUCAGUUUUUUCGAUAGAUCCGAUAUUGAUUUAUAUUUUAACUAUAUAUUGUCACUCAUUUUUUAUGACAUUUUCACUUUUCAUUGUAAUGCAUUUAUAUUUAUGGAAUGAAUGUAAUAUUACUUGUAAUUUAAAAAUAUUUUGAGAAUAAGAAAAAUAUAAAUGAAAGAUACAAUGUUUUUAGUCUUAAAAGAGUUAAAAUUGCUGUCGAAGAAAAUUUUUUAUUUACAUUGAAUUUUUUCUAUUUGGAAAGUAUUGAUAAAAUAAUUUAUUUUCAUAUCCUACAUAUUUCAUUAAUAUAUUUUUAUUAUAUUUUAAUAAAACUUAAAUAAAACUGAAUGAUUUCAAAAUAUUUUGUGAUAUUUUCGGAGAGAUAAGUACAAAUUGUAUUUUUAACUAGUUGGUAUUUUUUCAUUCAUGUGAUAAACUAAAAAUUUAAUGUUAUGAGAACCAUACCUUUAUAAAUAAUGAGUGUAGAGUUAUACAUUUUUAUUCUGAAUAUAUAUAUGUAUAUGAAUAACAGUUUGUAAUUUAUAUUACUACUGUAGGAAGAUUAUUCAAGGUAUUUUUUAGGGGGAAACAGAAUAUUAUAAAUACAAAAACAUAUUAAAAAUGAUUAAAACAUGUUUGUAAAUAAUAAACGUAUAGAAACUAAUAAAAAGAACAGGUAAUAAUACGCAAAAUUUUCAUUAGUAAUGAGAUACUUAAUGUGUAAAAUUUAUAUGAAGACAUGGAAAAUUAUAAUAUUUUAAGUCAUUGUUCAUUAACAUCAAAUAUAAUUGAUAUUCAUAUGAUUUUAUAACGUGAUUUAUUUACAUAAAUAUUUCAUUUCUUAUUGAUUUAAAUGAAGUAAUGUGACCAAUAUAUAGAAAGGAAAAAACGCAGAUAUUAAAUUCAUUUAUAUGGUAUUUAUAUGGUAAGUAUAUGCUAAGGAAAAGUAGCAUCAGUAGUGUCUCAUUAUUACUACUUCUUUUGCAAUAAAAUUAACAAUAUAUAUAUAUAUAUAUAUAUAUAUAUAUAUAUAUACACAUAUAUAGCGAGCAUUUUAUUGAUAAAAUAGCUCACGCAUAAUAGACAUCUUCUAUUAUUA